GGAGGAGCUGGCUCACUUCAGGACAAGUUCAAGAAUGAGCACAACUGGUUUGCUGUCAGAUUUUGGUGCUGGCUGCAGCUCGUGGGCAAUAAUGAGACCAGCAUUGUGUAGCAAACAAGUAGAUGUCGGUGACCAUCCACAACUGGAUAACAACACUUGGCUUUCCAAGCAAAAUGAUGGUCCAACACUCAGGCCAGGUAUCUGCAUUAGAAGUCAGCGCCUCCGCAAUUGUUCCCACUUUGUCCCCUGCAGGGUCAUUGGGGUUUGAUGAUUUCACAAAUUUAACCCCCCUGGUGAAGGAGGAACUGAGAUUUGCCAUUCAGAACAAGCGUCAGUUCCACAGGAUGUCUUCCACUUUGGACACAGUGACUGUCUCUGAAAGGCCAGUUGAAACAUCAAUGCUGAAAACAGAGUUUUCUCCUGAAGAGGAUGAAAGAAAAAAGAGAAGAAGGGAAAGGAAUAAAAUUGCUGCAGCAAAGUGCCGAAACAAAAAGAAGGAAAAAACAGAAUGCUUGCAAAAAGAAUCAGAGAAGCUGGAAACGAUCAAUGCGGAAUUGAAAGCCCAGAUUGAGGAGCUGAAGAAUGAGAAGCAGCAUUUGAUAUACAUGCUAAAUCUGCACAGGCCCACGUGUAUAGUGCGUGCACAGAACGGAAGGACACCUGAAGAUGAAAGAAAUCUUUUUAUUCAACAGAUCAAAGAAGGCACAUUACAAGGUUAAGUGAUAUGGCAAACAUGGAAAUAUUUAUAAUGAUUUUAACAGCUACCAGAAUCCAUGGGUGAGUCUGGCAUAAUGUGUAGGAUUCUAUUAGUCAAGAGCCUUUAGGAAGGGCAGAUUGCUUUCACAAGUGGAAAGAAUCAUUUUGGCUUGACAGCGAUUCUUGCCCUUGGAAGAUCUGGUCUCAAUCAAAUCGAAGAGCCUUCUGCCUCAAAUGUAGGGUUUGCACCUGUCAUACUUGCUGUUCCUAGGAGCUACAGACAACAGCUCCGAAGUUUUAGCUCUCUGCUAGUAUACAGUAUCUGCACUCACGAGGUUUGUGCUAGAACACUAUGACUUCCAGCGAUGCACGUGGUACAGACAGCUGUGCUGGAUGGACACUACUCUUCCUUGUUGCUGGUAGGGAAAGAAGACUGAGUAUUUUUGAAUUUCCAGGAGGAUGGUUUCUGGCAGAAUGUACUGAUGUGUAAUGUUGCAUUCUAACCUAACACACACACACACAAAAAAAUCCUGUCGUUCCAACUAAGCUUUGUUGUUUUUUUCCAGAAUGCUCAUGUGGGGUUUUUCUGUGACUCAUCUCAGUGACUGAAUUUGAAGGGUCUAGUAAGUGUGACAAAGAAAUGUUUCUUGCAAAACAUCUAUGUAGGCUAGCUUGUAUUUUAUGAGCUAUCACCCCAGAUACUACCCCUUGGGGACUACAAUUUUUCCUUGAAUUGCUGAAGAGCAUCUUGUACCGUCACUUAUUGACUUGAUGAAUUGAGCCCACUGAAUUGGAAAGAGGAAGCUAACUGUACUGGGGUAUUGAUAGAGGUUUUGCUCAAGUAAGGAACUGCAGGAGUGAAUCCUAGACUCCUGAACCUUGAAAAAAAUAAAUGUUUUUAAAAUUCAUCCAGGACCUAAUCCUACAAGCCUUAAUUUGUGCUAUUACUCCUCAGUCACAGAAGAUGUUCCAUGGAUUUCAGUGGGUCUGCUCAUGCAGAUAGCUCUUACAGGCAUAAGAGUUUGACAAAGCUUUUUCCAUCCUGGUCAGGAUUACUUCCUUUUGCCAGGUGGCUCAGAGGGAAAAAUUAUGAUUGUAGCUACUUUUGUUUUAUAUUUGAGUGGCAACCACCGCCGAUCAAAAGUGUUACUUAGAAUCUAAAGGAAGCAAGAGUUUUGAUGUAGUGAAUAAUUGUUUAAUUUUUUAUUAAAUACUAACCUUGGAUGUUUUUGAACUGGUAGAAGAGCUGCUGGACAAAACUGUUGGAGUUGUGAGUGUUGAAAUUCUGAUGUUUCUGUGAAAUUCUCAGAUUGUUUAUUUCUAUAAAAUAUACCCUUACAAUUUUUUGUAAAAGAAAAUCUUAUCCUUAUUUAUCACUAAUAUCAUAAUGAGUAGAGCUAAUAAAUACUGCGAGCAAGAUAAAACUGAAAACACAAGUGUUGCGCUGUCUUUUUACUUUUAUCUCUUGGUGUUUAAUAUUAUAUAUUCCUAAACUUCACCAGUUGUAUUUGAGACACCACUAUUAAAAUUACUUAUCCUUCAUCUUUUUUGAAGAUGAGGCACUGAGUGUCUUGAAUGAUUGGGUGCAGAUAUUGUACCUUCCAGAAUUCUGUAUCUCCAUCAGUGGUGUCUGACUGUUGAAUGUCACAAUUUAAACAAAGCAGAAUACAAGUGGAGCUUAACGUGCAUAAUAUUUUACACCAGUCCGCAGUGUUGAAAUUGUGUGUUUGUUCUAAAGGCUAAACUUGAAGAUACCUCAGCCAUGAGCUUCUUACCCUGCAAGUCUUGCAUGAGUCCAUCACAUAUUGUACCUGAUCCCCAUAUGAUUGUUAUAUUCUGCAACAGAACUACUUAGUACCAUUUCCUGAGAUCUGGAUAUAUUGUAAUGUCCUAUAUCACAUGUUAAAGAUAUGUACUUCAUGUAUCUGAAAAGUAAAUGUAGCACAGAGAUGACAUUCUAGGUCCAAUUCUGUCUUAAGAAUCCAUGAUCUUUCUGUAUAUUGGAAGGAGGUUCCAUUGACUUCAGUGAGAAUUUUUUUCCUGCUUUGUAAGCAGAGUUUGGAGCCUCUGUGGCAACUUCUCUGGCUUAAAAGGCAAGUCCUAUGUGUAAUUGGGCCAGCUGUUUACCAGACAAUAGAUAUACAUGGAGUGUGUACAGUAAACUUGUCAAACAAUGUUCAUUAUUUGACCCCUGUAAUGUGGAAAUACAAAACCAAGGCAUCACCCCGGUAUCGUACACCUUGGCUUUGCUUUUUGCCUCUCCAAUACCAGCAGACAAGGCUGUUUGUCUCAUAAUUGGUUAUAAAGUGUUACCACAGAGACUGUAAUGACAGAAUUCAUGUGUCUCCCUUAGGGGAUUUGUAUGGUUGCUUUUAACCAUAUCACCGGUGACGCAGGCGUCAUGCUUUUGUUGCUUGAUCUUAUUUACUCGGCAUGCCAAAUGUUAAUAUGGUACCACUACUAUUGUCAGAAGAUAAUCUAUUUUUAUUUCUUUACAUGUGCAGUCAUAACUGCUCUGUAGUGCUUUUGUAUGUGUGUGUGUGUGUGUGUGUGCUGCUCUGGAAAUGAUGGUACUCAGGGUCACUUGACUGUGCCCAGGAAAAGAGUGUUUAAACAGCUACACAGAAAUGGUAUGUUGCAUGAGUUUUCUCGAAGUAUACUUUAUUCAGGAGAACCUAAAAAUGCAUUAAAAAGCAGUUUAUUUUCUAUUCUCAAGUUUGUUUUGAUACU